AUGUUGGACAAAUCUACGUUGGGCGGCAGUUGGGAGAGCGUGAUCUCAAGAGAUGACUACGAGAUAGACUACAGCCCGAGUCCUAGAGGAUCUCCUUUGAAGGAUACGUCUAACAUCCAAAAGGACGAGCAGCCGUACCUUAUCAGUAGGCAUAAUCCGAACAAAACUUUCCGUCGUGAAUCUGUCAUUGCGUCUUGGAAAAGUUUGAAAAAGGAAAGAGAACAAGCUUUAGGAAAACGUAUAAUCUAUGUUGACGCGGACAACUAUGAAGAUUACUACGGACGGAACCAAGUAAAGCGCUGCAAGAGCGAGAGGACUGCCAACGCUCCUCGGGUCCUGAAGAAAAUAAAACGUACAUAUUCAGUUUUAUAUAGAUACGACCCGAAAGAAGAAAAGGUUGUGAAAGAAUACAAAUACCAGCCAGUCAAUGAACCAGAUACCUUUACAACUUCCAACUUGCAGAAAUCACAUUCAGAACCAUUUUUGAGACCAGAAAGGACACCUAAUACGAAGAAGGCGAAGAGAUCUAUUACAACGUUCCUUAACAUCAAAUCCAAGUUCCUCAACAUAUUCUCGUCUAAAAGU